AUGGAGUACAGUGCGGCCAUUAGCAAAUCCACAGGAACCAAAGAGUUCGUCCAACAAAGCAACCCUCGCGUCUCCCUCCUCUCCUCUUCCUUUGUGGGGAAACGUACUGAACGUCUGAAACGAAGGUGGCGCGGCCGGGACAAACCUGACCCUUCGACAGCCCCCGCCCCCGCGCUCGCCCUCGCUAGGAGGGGAGGAGCGACGGCCACAAUGGAUCCUCCCGCAGGCUUUGUGCGCGCUCGGAAUCCAGCUGUCGCCGCCCCGCAGAGCCCCCUGUCCCCGGAGGGCGCUCAUUUCCGGGCCGCCCACCACCCUCCGCUGCCCGCCGCGCCCGGGGCGCCCCGGGGAGCAGCUCCAGGCCUCUCCCCAGAGCCCUCCGGAGCCGCUGCCCUCCUGCCGCCGCCCCAGCGAGCCGCUGUUCGGUGCUUCUGGACGCCAGAAAAGGCGUCCUCCGCUACCAGGGCAGCCAGCAGGUUGCGGAUUGGAAAAUUCGGGAUUGUUAGGAUAACCGGUGGCAAAUGUCUGCUUGUUGGCCCUGGACACGUCAACGUUGCCUUGCGCAAAAUAGCCAACUUGCUGAAGCCAGACAAAGAGAUCGUGCAGGACGGUGACCAUAUGAUCAUCCGCACGCUGAGCACUUUUAGGAACUACAUCAUGGACUUCCAGGUUGGGAAGGAGUUUGAGGAGGAUCUGACAGGCAUUGAUGACCGCAAGUGCAUGACGACGGUAAGCUGGGACGGAGACAAGCUCCAGUGCGUGCAGAAGGGCGAGAAGGAGGGGCGUGGCUGGACCCAGUGGAUCGAGGGUGAUGAGCUGCACCUGGAGAUGAGAGUGGAGGGUGUGGUCUGCAAGCAAGUAUUCAAGAAGGUGCAGUGAGGCCCAGGAAUACAACUUCAUCCCAAGGAAUGAGCGGUGUGGAUGUGUGGGCCAGGAUCUCCCUCUUUGCACAGCAUGAGGCAAACGUCCAGCCACCCCCAGGCAUGUUAGCAGAGUCUGUCUCUUGCCUUUGUCUCUUCCUUUUCUUAAAACGAAGCCAUGCUAAUAAAGUGAUCUCUGUUCAA